CUCUGUGCUGCCCAUCUACCAACUCGAUCUGAUGCACCAAAUCAUUAUCAAGCAGUAUGCCGAGCACUCUUUGCUGAAACAAUGGAGUUAUACACAUUCUUGGCGAGAAUUAAAAGUGCAAGAGAGAAUUUGAAGAAGAUGCAGGAAAUGGACCAGGGAGGAAAUGAUGAAUCUAGCACAGAUCUUGAUGAGUUAAAAAAUGCUGAUUGGGCCCAAUUCUGGGUGCAGGUCAUGCGAGACUUGCGAAAUGGUGUGAAACUAAAGAAGGUUCAAGAACGUCAGUAUAACCCUCUUCCCAUAGAGUAUCAACUCACUCCAUAUGAGAUGCUGAUGGAUGAUAUUCGAUCCAAACGAUAUACAUUAAGGAAGGUUAUGGUCAAUGGAGACAUUCCUCCACGAUUAAAAAAGAGUGCCCAUGAAAUUAUCUUGGACUUUAUUCGGUCUCGACCACCAUUAAAUCCAGUGUCUGCAAGGAAACUGAAACCAACCCCACCACGACCACGUAGCCUGCAUGAGAGAAUACUGGAGGAAAUCAAGUCUGAAAGAAAGCUGAGACCCGUUUCUCCCAAUGAAAUCAGACGUAGCAGGCUAGCAAUCCGGCCUCUUAGCAUGUCUUACAGUUUUGACUUGUCAGAUGUCUCCAAACCAGAGGCCUCCAAAAAAAUGUCAGAAAGCUGUGUAGCAAAUGGCAGCAGAGUGUCAGAAGCAAACAUCAAUGGCAUUGGCACUGUUAAGGUGACGACAGUACAACGGAAGAGACUGUUGAAAGCUCCCACUCUGGCUGAACUGGACAGCUCAGAUUCAGAGGAGGAAUGUACACACAGAUUAGCCAGCAGAAUUAGUGUCUCCUCAUCCCAAAUGGAAGAAAUAUUUCCUGAGACCACAUCUGGGAAAAAGGUGCCUCCAAAAUUCUUGCCAAUAUCAUCCACACCGCAGCCAGAGAGGAGACAGCAACCUCAAAGAAGACAUUCCAUUGAAAAGGAAACACCCACCAAUGUACGGCAGUUCAUGCCCCCCACAAAACAAAGCUCCAGAUCACUUGUUCCUCGGAUAACAGGUUUCUUUCCAAGGAUAACACUCAAAACACUUUUUUCAACAAUACAUACAGCCUCUCACCUUAGCUCCCAUCCUUUUGAUGCAGUCUUGUUUGGGAUGAUGAAAACUAUGUAUUAUCUGUGUGAGAGAGCCCUUAACAACAAGUGGAAACCUUCAAAGGAGGAGUUUUGUUACCCAGUGGAAUGCCUGGCUCUCACAGUGGAGGAAGUAAUGCAUAUCCGCCAAGUGCUGGUGAAGGCAGAACUGGAAAAGUACCAGCAGUAUAAAGAUGUCUAUACUGCCCUUAAGAAGGGAAAGCUCUGUUUUUGUUGCCGAACACGAAGGUUUUCCUUCUUCACCUGGUCCUACACCUGUCAGUUUUGUAAAAGGCCUGUAUGUUCACAGUGCUGUAAAAAGAUGCGCCUACCUUCAAAGCCAUAUUCUACCCUUCCUAUCUUUUCUCUGGGACCUUCUGCAUUACAAAAAGGAGAGAGUUUUAUGAGACCAGAUAAACCUUCCUUGAGUCAUCAUCGUUCUCUGAAAGGAAUACCAAGGUUGUCCUCAAAGGCAAAGUCUGUAGAUAGAUCUGAUGAAGAAGCACUUUUCCCAAAAGAGUUAAUGGAGGAUUGGAGCACCAUGGAGGUGUGUGUGGACUGCAAAAAGUUCAUUUCAGAAAUAAUUAAUUCAAGCCGCCGUAGCCUCUCUCUGGCUAACAAGCGAGCCCGAUUAAAAAGGAAAACCCAAUCAUUCUACAUGUCAUCUCCAGGCACUUCUGAGUAUUGCCCUUCUGAGAGGACUAUCAAUGAGAUAUGAGCCUUGUGCCUUUCUCUCUGCUUGGUCAUCAUGAGGUUCUGAGAGAACUCAAUGAAACCAGAAUGUCUUUUUCCCCCUUUUUGUUCUAUUUGAGAGCUUAUUUGUGAGUUAAGCCACUGGUUUCACCACUCCUAAGAGACAGGAAAAAAGAAAUUGACCUAUGCAGCAGGUCAGCCAAUAAAGUUGUUUGCACUGGAAGAAAUCAACAGUUAGGCUGUUGCCUUUUUGUAUGUGCGCAGUAUACAAAGUAAGUCUUUUACUAGUAUUCAUUUCUUGAUAAGCUUGAGGAAGAAUGUCAAAUAUGUACUUAAAACCCCAGUAUUAACAAUUACAAUUAUUAAACCACAUUGGCAUUGACUAGGAAACUAACAUUAUUGUAUUUUAGUUUUUAAGGUACACAUACCUAUGUUGUACAGAAAAUAGGUGCUCAACCUGGCUGUUAUGCCUUUUAGCGGGGGUGGGCAACUUUCCAAUGUUGGAAAGCCAUUUUAGGUCUGCCUCCCACCCAGUGAUAGGGAUGUACCUCUGCUGAAAAUAGUCAGCUGCAGGCAAGGAUUCUGCCAAUACCACCAUUACAUUUACAGUGCAGGAGGAUGCUAGAAUGUCUGGCUACACCAUUAAGCUCCGCAUACUGGGAAGAAAAUGACUCAUUCCUUUUUAGAAGAUGAAAAGGAAAAAUCCUUUUUGCAGCAACAACUGCACUAAGUUUCAGCAAUGCACUUCUGUGGGUGGUAGACACAAGUGGGAGUAGCAGGAGCCAUAAGAAAGUUGGUUGUGUGUGUGUGUGUAUGCAUAUGGCUUGCAUGUCGCCCACCCCUGGUUUAUAAAUUAGCACAAAAUUUAGAAGGAUUUACUGAUGUGCUCAGAAUGGUUGAUCUAAGCUACAGAUAUACUGUCUGGGUUCCAGUACAAAAUAUUUAAUAACUGGAAGUCUCCGUGGGUAAUAAUUUUCCUUCAGCUGCUGCUGUUCCAAUGUAACAAUGUGUUAAGUAGUCAUGAUUUCUUCUUUCUUGAAUGUAUUCUGAAUAUGUUGUGUAAUAGUAUUUGGUAGUUGUAGUUUUUAGAAAUAAGCAAAAUCAUACUGCUUAUGAGAAGUUGUAAGUACAGUUUUUUAAUAUUACUGUGUUUUUUGUAAAAUAAAGAAUGUUCUCUGGGUGACAAUCCUGAGAAAAUAGGUAAUAAUGUGUAUAUUUGUACUAUAGUGGAAUACUUAAGUACUUCUAUAAAUAAAUGUCUGGGGGUAUAUCCAUUGUAAACCCCCUUUUUACAGGGGUUUAUAUGCUGGCUGUAAAGAAAUUUUAUACCCUGCAAAAUUUGAGACAUCAGUGUUUCAGAUUGAGAGGUUUUGUUCUGUUCUGUUUUUUAAAAAAAGGUCAGGAGAAAACCUGUGUAGGUGUUUUGAAGUUCCAGUAAUACCAAACAUCACAUUUUUGCACUCUUUUGUAUUCAGAUUUUUAAAUUCAGACUAAACUGGAGCUUAAUGUAGUGUAUGGAGUUGGAUUAUUUUUGUAUUUAUAACAGCCCAGUUAUAAAUAUUUGCCAACUAUUGUGGUGGACAGAAUAACCCUUCCACACUUAUUUCGUGGUUAAGUCCAUAUUUUACUAUCAUAUAAUAUGUGAUAAUAAAAUACACAGUCUUUUUACUUUCAUUUUACAUUGUAGGUUGAUGAGUGACAUCACGUCACUUCAAAAUAGGCAGCAUCUGCUUAAAUAUUAUCUCUAAUCAGUCACUUUUAUUUAAUGAAAAUAUUGUUCAAAAUGAAGCUGUAUCUUUUAAACAAACCAAAAUAUUAGAGACGAAGGAUAACUACUGGAAGACCAGUAGCUAAGUCCCACAACUUGCUACUCUAACAUAUACUAGUUUGAACAGAUGUACUUGCAUAAAUGCUUGAAAUUUAGGAUUCAGUCUCCACUCCAGUAACUGUUAAGCAGUUCAGUCCAGAUUAGUGACUCUUAUAUCACUGGAUUCCAGACUGAUCUGCACUAACCUAACACUGAAAGUCUGUUAUUACUUAGAAACUGAGUGAAAUUUCACAUAGAAAAUUCCCAACAUCCAAAUAAGAUUAUACACUCAAAGGGAAAGCCAUAAAAUAUCAAUCAAUUUAAAACUUGUAAUGUAGACCUAAUCUUAUGGAAGACUGUUGCUGCUGUUGAACAUGUAAAUCAGUUUAGCAGAGUUAUAGUUCAAACAACAUUGACUUCUAACUAAACUGGCACUGAAAAAUUGAUGGUCAACCAUCACAAGUGUAAUUAUAAAGUACAAUUCCUUUCUGAGUUUUCUUGGUGUGGCAAAAUGAUCCAUGUGUUUCACUGUGUCAAAUUUGCCUGCUACAUAGUUUGUGCAUUUACUCCUUCCAUCCACAACAAACUCUAUUCAAAUACUGUAAUUUGCCAUGACAUGACAAACAUUAUGUGAAGCUGAUUAAUAAAAUUACCAUGCAGUAACUUUAGCAUAUCAAAAGUUAUCGUAAAUAUUAAACUGUAGUCUCCUUUUAUCUUUAAUCAAUAUGGAGAAAGGGACUGGUGGCUCCUGUACCUUAAACUGCUUUGCUAGUUAACAAACUCUGACCACGAUUAUGUUAUAAAACCAAGGGGUCCCCUUAUACCCCAGAAAGCCAUCAGCAACUGCACCUGUCAUUUUCCUGCAAUGGGGUGAGUCCAAGGCCUCUCUCCUCUGUAGGUUUUGUGUUGCCUGUCUUCCUUCCAUUCAACCACUCUCAUCACAUUUUCUAGGCUCAGUACUUUAUAAUCAGAUUUCCAGCUAAAAUAUAACUGGGGUUUAGAUAAUUUUUUAAGAGGAAUAGUCAAUUUGUACAGGGACUCACUGUCUCCCAUGUUACAUAGGCUAUUUUAUGGUAUUAUAGACAUUUCUUGUAUCCGUAGGAAGUCAAAAAUAAGAGGGGAGUGAAACAGAUUUUUUUCUGGCAAUGGGCUACUUUUGGGGGGUGGGAAGUUGUAAUUGGGACAGUCACAAACUUCUCUGACAGCUAGAGAUGAUAUGAUCAUGCAAAUGGAAAGCCCCUGGUUGCUUCCCUUGGUAGAGAUGGAUUACUGUCCAUGCAGAUGGUCAAUCCAUUUACUUCCACUAUGUCCCACCAUUUACAGUCACAUAAAACACUGGCAUAUUUCAGUGGCAGAUGUGGUGCUCUUCAGUCACCUGUUUCUAAUGCCUCUUCCCAGGUGCUCUUCUCUUUUAUUGCCAUCUCUCCUUCGGGAGAACAAAAAGGAACUCAUUCUUCAUUAAGCAAAGAAAACUAAACAACUCAGCAGACGUUAGUUUGGCAAAAGACAAUUUGGUCAGCUCUGCAACAUUGCUGUUUUUAAUUCAUUUUGAAGCCUGAAAUGAAGCUAGGUUGUUGUGUUGUGACAUCAUGUUCCUAUCGCUUUGCCAUUAAUAUUCUAAGUAUAUAAGAAGGUGACCUUUGUUUCUCCAUACCUCAGAAAUCCAUACUCAGUGUGAAGCCUUUUGGUGCCCUAUACUGUAUGUUGAUAUAUCAGUCUUAAAAAUACAUGUAAUAUAUUCUAAGUUUGGAAAGACACUGUUCUGUGUAAAGUGCAAAGUGCCCUUCCUGUGAAGACUAGAAAGUAUAAUAAAUGAAAUUAGCUUGACCGUUACAUAUUAUCAAUGAUAGUAGUUCAGAUAUAUGGAGGUACACAGAGUUCAAUCAGGUUUAAUUAGCCAGAAUCCUACUGUGAAAUACCAUGUGUGUAAUAGAAAUGGUGUGAGCAGUUUUCAUAAUUUUCUGGUAAUCUGUUGCAUGUCUAGGCAUGCAACAAUGUGUGUGACCUGGAUAUGUUAGCUGGGCAACAGACAACCAAGACAAUCACACACACCAGUUAUACAAUUAGAGGUUUAUGCUGCGCAAAUCAAACAGGAUUCUGCUUGCUGUGUUUUAAAGAGAAGGGCUGCUUAGCCAAGUAAACCUGUCAUUUAAAUAAAAGAUUUUAUUUUUUCUAAUAAAAAAAGAUUUGUUAAGUCUUGAAGUAUCCAAAGUGUACUGUAGAAAAUCUGCAUCCUGUGCAAUUCUUGUUUGUAUUUUCGUACAUGAAAACCUUCUGUGGUUAAUUCCAAGGCAGUUCAGCUCCACCCUCAUCAUGGCUUGAUGUACAAAAAAAUCUGAAUUAUUUAACACCCUAGUUGACGGUAUUACUUUAUUUUUAUUUGAGUAUUUUAUUUGAACAUGAAAUACCUGGGGAAAAUAAAACACCUUUUUGAUAGUUUUUUGUCUGUUCUUAACUAUAUGUGAAAACAUUAUUCCUACAAAUGUUUAAAACAUAGAGGUUUUUUUUCCUAAUCAAAUGGUUUGCUUAGUUUGCUAAUGAAACUAAAUGAAUUCCUCUUUUAAGACACAGGCUACAUGAAAGGAAAAUCUAUAUCAACAUAAAAUAGCAUGUGUACUAGCAAUAAAAUAGCUUUGGCUCAUAAACACUGGAUAAUCACACGUAGGUGACGAAUUUCAGUUUGAAAUACAGAAUUUUAAUUUGCAAAAAAGUUUCUAUACCUCAAGGAGAAAUUAGUUCAUAAUUUUAUUGUCUUCCUGUGUUGCAUCUUUAUUAUAUAGAGGGGUACAACCUGUGGCCCUCCAGAUAUAGGCCUUUUAUCUAUCAGUUUUGGCUAUGCUGGUUAGGUGUGAUGACUGGUGUAGUCUUAACAGCAACUGAAAAACUACACGUUGCCCAUCUUAUCUUC